AUGUCUUCAGAUACCAUGACAGUAGCUGCACUGGGUCGACCCUUCACCAUAGGGAUGCUCUAUGAUGCUCGGCAGGAUAAACUAAUCCCAGGUUUCACCUUGUGGGAUACGACAACUCUACAAGAGAACACAGUUGAAACCUCUCAGCGUAGCAGUGAUUUUCACAUUAUGACAUCUGACUCCAUUGAAUCCAAGUCUUCCCUGCUGUCCGUUGAUGCUUCCCUGAAGGCCAGUUUCCUGGGUGGAUUGAUUGAAGUUGGAGGAUCUGCCAAAUACCUGUAUGAUCAGAAGAAAUUCAAGAAUCAGAGCAGAGUGACACUUCAGUACAAAGCUACCACCAACUUCAAGCAGUUGUCGUUGACUCCUCAUGAAACCAAGAACACGCAACAAACAGAUGUUAUUGCGAAGAGCUCGGCAACACAUGUAGUCACAGGCAUCCAGUAUGGAGCAAAUGCUUUCUUUGUAUUUGACAGUGAGAAGUUAGAUGCUAGCAGCGUUCAGAACAUCCAGGGCAGCAUGGAAGCUGUGAUAAAGAAGAUUCCAUCAUUGGAUAUUGAGGGGAAAGUUGACAUCAAGCUUACUGAUGAAGAAAAAGACCUGACAAACAAAUUCUCCUGCAAAUUCUACGGGGACUUCAUUCUUGAAAGCAACCCUGCAACAUUUGAAGAGGCAGUGAAGAUCUAUGUAGAGCUUCCAAAGCUACUGGGAGAAAACGGAGAACAUGCUGCUCCACUGAAGGUCUGGCUGAUGCCGUUGAAGAAUUUCAAUUCCAAAGCUGCUGAGCUGCUGAGUGAGAUCAGUGUUGGACUAGUGAGGACAGCUGGAGAUGCUCUAGAGGGUAUUAGGCAGAUAAAAAUGAGAUGCAACGAUUCCUUGGCAGACAAAGUGUCAGAGGAUUUUCCAGAGAUUCGCAAAACGCUGGAAAGUUUCCAAAAACUGUGUGAUAAUUUCACAUCUGCGCUCCAACAGAUCAUGAAGAAGACAUUUCCCUCCAUCCGUGAAGGCAAAGAAGAUGAGAGCUCAUUAGAAAAAUUCUUUGAAGAAAGAGACAUGUCACCAUUCAGUCAGGACAAACUAAGCAAGUGGAUGGAUCACAUGGAGAGAGAAAUCACUGUCAUUAGGUCCUGUGUAGACAUGAUGGAGGGAACAAACACAAAGAUCGUCAAAAAUCAGUCAGAGUUGGAUAGAGAGGUUUUUGAUCCAGAAGUAAAGAAUGCACUGUGCUUUGUUUUCACCUCUGUGGAAAGUACUGACCCCUGCUUUGAUGCGAUGGCUGAGUACUUGGAUUCACUUGAAUUAAAAUGUACCAAUGCAGAACACUGGUAUUUCGCAGAGGAAGUGUUGACCAAAAUGAGAGAAAAAGCCAAAGCUUUCCAUGACCUUGCCAAACCUCUCAAGGACAGCAGCAGUGUCCGUUUCCUUGUAACAGCCACAGCAAAUGAGAACUACAAAGGAGCAACCAUCUACCAUUACAAGGAGGGCAAACUGGUCACUGAUGAUUUUUCAAAGCCUGACGUCCCAUCUGAUGUGACGACUAUCACAGACAAAAAUGAUUUAAUGUGGUAUGCCUGUGAUCUCUCCCUGAACCCAAACACAGCAAGCAACUGGCUCACUCUGUCUGAGGGAAACAAAAAGGCAACCUGUGGAGAAUGGCAGAAAUAUCCUGAUAACCCAGAGAGGUUUAAUCCACGUCCUCAGGUUUUGUGCAGAGAGGGGCUUACUGGGCGCCAUUACUGGGAGUUACAGUGGAGUAAAUGUUAUAGCAAUUAUGUUGGUGUCGCUGUAACAUACAAAGGAAUUGGAAGGAAAAAAGAAGGUAAGGAUAGUGGUCUCGGAUCUAAUAAUAUAUCCUGGUAUUUUGGCGAGAAGCAGUGGCUCUCUGCAUGGCAUAAUGGUCAGGUGUGGAGUAGUCCUGUUCCCAACACCGGCUGCAAAAAAAUUGGAGUGUAUCUGGACUGGCCUGCUGGCACUCUGUCCUUCUACGAUGUCUCCUCUAACAGAUUGAGUCACCUCUAUACCUUCCGCACUCAGUUCACAGAGCCUGUUUACCCAGGUUUCUGGAUUUGGCACUACACCAACUAUGCUGCACUGUGUCCAGUUGAGUGAGAGCCAUUUUGCACACAGUUUGUGUUUGCAAUACAGCCAGUUUAAGGCUUUUACACAAUGUCCACAUCAGCAGCACAAAAAUAUCAAUUCUCACAUUUUAAAAUAAGGGGGGUUCAUGUCCCCCCCCCAAUAUAUGUAAUAAUGUGUUCCCCUCAAUAUUCAGGGUU